ACUUUGGUUGUUACAGGGAAUGUAUUAAAAGCGCUUUGGUUUGCCUUAUCUGCUUCUCUUAUUGUUGUGGAUUUGUUAUAAUAUCCAUCUAUCAUCUUUGAAAGUGUUUUUGUUGUGGUUAGAGAGAAAAGAUGGCUCAAACAAUGGGAAGGAACAUGGCAGCUCCAUUGUUGUUUCUUAACUUGAUUAUGUAUUUGAUUCUCUUGGGUUUUGCUAGUUGGUGUCUUAAUAGAUUCAUCAAUGGCACUACCUACCAUCCAAGUAUGGGAGGAAACGGAGCGACGCCGUUUUUCCUGACAUUUGCAAUGCUGACGGCUGUUCUCGGAAUAGCAUCAAAACUGGCCGGACUCUACCAUAUCAGAGCAUGGAGGAGCGACAGCCUCGCCGGUGCCGGCUCAACUUCCUUGCUCACUUGGGCUGUAACUGUUCUAGCUUUUGGGUUGGCCUGUAAGCAAAUCAACAUAGGAGGCCACAGAGGGUGGAGGCUGAGAGUGGUGGAAGCUUUCAUAAUUAUCUUGACUUUCACUCAGCUUCUGUAUCUGCUCUUGCUCCACGCUGGAAUCUUCAGCCGCCGCUAUGGCCCUGGUUAUUGGGACACCGACUACGGCAUGGGUGGAGGAACAGCGGCACCCGGCGAGCCUCCCAAAGGAACCGCCGGAACUAGGGUGGUUUAGUAAGGAUGGUUGUGUAUGAUAUCAGUUGGGUUUGUUUUUCUCUUGUUUUGUUUUUAUGUAUAAGAACAUAGUUUGUGGUUCUGUCAAAUCUCUUUUAAAACCAUCAAUAUAGGAGUGUUUAAUAAGCCA